AUGGCCCAAAAGGACUACGCCGCCGCCAUCGACCUCUACACCCAGGCCCUCGCCCUCCACCCCUCCAACGCGGUCUUCCUCUCCAACCGCGCCGCCGCCCACUCCGCCGCAAAGGACCACGCCUCCGCCCGCAUCGACGCCGAGGCCGCCGUCGCCAUUGACCCCACCUACACAAAGGCCUGGUCCCGCCUCGGCCUCGCCCGCUUCGCCCUCGGCGAUCCCAAGGGCGCCAUGGAGGCCUACCAGAAGGGCAUCGAGUACGAGGGCAACGGCGGCUCCGACGCCAUGAAGAAGGGCUACGAGACAGCCAAGCGCCGCGUCGAGGAGCUCGAGUCCGAGUCCGAUAACCUCUCCCGCAGCGGCGCCGGCGCCGGUGCUGGCGGCGGCGGCGGCAUGCCCGACUUUAGCAACCUCGCCUCCAUGUUCGGUGGUGGUGCCGGCGGCGGCGGCGGUGGCAUGCCCGACCUGAGCUCCAUCAUGAGCAACCCCAUGUUCGCCAGCAUGGCCCAGAACCUCAUGAGCAACCCGGACCUGAUGAACAACCUGAUGAGCAACCCUCGUCUUCGUGAUAUGGCCAGCCAGUUCAGCAGCGGAGGCGGCAUGCCCGACUUGGGAUCCCUCAUGUCCGACCCCAACAUUGCCGAGAUGGCACGGAAUAUGAUGGGUGGCGGAGGUGCUGGAGGUGCCGGAGGUGCUCCUGGCUCCGGCGGUGCGGGACGGUAA